CUCUCCUCGAUCACUAUGUCUAAACAGCAGCAGCAUCCACAAAAGAAAUGCUCAAAGAUGAGCAAUAACCAGAGUUGCACCAAUACUGAAGAGGUAAGCAGCAUGGAGUGGGAAUUCAUAAACAUGAGCCACCAAGAAGAAGACCUUAUUUAUAGAAUGCACAAGAUUGUCGGCGAUAGGUGGGCAUUGAUAGCGGGGCGUAUACCGGGCAGAACAGCGGAGGAAGUAGAAAGGUUUUGGAUAAUGAAACAUAGUGAUGCUUUUGCCGACAAAAGGCAACAUCACAACAGAUAGAUCAGUUCAUCUCAUCUUAAUCUUAGCAAACUAUCUAUAUAUUAUAUUGCAGCAUGUAUGUGUUUCCCGGCCCUAUAUAUGGUCGACGUACGUACGUACA